AUGCAUGGCUGCGGCGUGGCGGUGCGCGGCAUCGGCCUGCAGGGCCACAUGCAGAACCCGGUCGGGGAGGUCAUCUGCGCCGCCAUCGACAGGCUCGCCAAGACGGGCGUGCCCGUCUGGUUCACCGAGCUGGACGUGCCCGAAUACGACGCCGACCUCUGCGCCAGGGACCUGGAGGUGGUGCUUCGGGAGGCGUGCGCGCACCCGAAGGUGGAGGGUAUCAUCUUCUGGGGGUUCAUGCAGGGCACCAUGUGGCGCAACAACUCCUGGCUUGUCGACGCCGACGGCACUGUCAACGAGGCCGGCCAGAUGUUCCUCAAUCUCCAAAAGGAGUGGAAGGCGGACGCGCGCGGGAACGUCGACGGCGACGGCGACUUCAAGUUCAGGGGCUUCUACGGCAGGUACAUCGUGGAGGUCAUGACGGCGACGGGGAAGCAGAUGCUCCAGACCUUCACCAUGGAGAAAGGGGACAACACACCUCUCCUCGUGGAUUUGGCCCACGCCUAA